CAGGCCCUGGAAGAGGCCCCAGGGAGCCGGGCACUCUGGUCAAGGGCACCCAGGCCUCACCAUGGGGACUCCAGGCAAGCGCUCUGCUGCUCAGAGCUUGGAACCCGACACUGCCCGGAUGCGGUUGCUGGAACAGAACAGGCGCAGGGCACCAAGAUGGAAUCAUCCCCAGGAGCCUCCUCUUCGUCCGAUGAUGCCGCCUCUUCUCCCCCCUCCUCCUCCUCCUCAUCCUCCUGGUCCUCCUUUUCCUGGUCCUCUGCCUCAGGCUCCUCCUCCAAUAUACACGCAAGGCCCCCGGGUCAUGCACCCAGCACUACUCACCUUAACGCCUAGUAUGGGCUCUGCCGUCCCCAUGCGGACCCUGUGUCCCUACUGUGGGCACCACAUCAUCACAGAGACCACCCCCGUCCCAGGGGGCCUCACCUGGCUGCUGUGCACGAGCCUCUUUGUGUUAGGGUGCUUCCUGGGCUGCUGCUUCUUCCCCUUCUGCGUGAGCAGCCUGAUGGACGUGAAGCACUCGUGCCCCGUGUGCCGGCAAGAGCUCUUCCGCUAUCACCGCCUGUGAACAUCCUCCGAAUAAACGGCCGCUGGGGGACUUCA